AUGUGGUGCAACAAAGCGGUGUGUCUGUUCUCCGUUUUCUUUUGGAUUAUUUUAAUAAAAGUAUCCCAAACGCAAAUCGUUGACCGUCCGAAUGUGCUUCUAAUCAUUUUGGAUGACUUUCGCCCAGCUAUUAACUAUGGAUAUGGCGAUGAGAAAGCCAUAACACCGAACAUAGAUCGGAUUAUAAAGAAUGGAUACUUUUUUGAAAAUGCAUUCGCACAGCAAGCGCUUUGUGCUCCGAGCCGUAAUUCGAUGCUCACUGGCAGACGGCCAGAUACGGUGCGCUUGUACGACUUCUACAGCUACUGGCGCCAUACAUCCGGCAAUUACACUACGCUCCCGCAGUACUUCAAACAGCACGGCUAUCGUACCCACUCCGUCGGUAAGGUGUUUCAUCCCGGUGCGUCAUCAAACUUUACGGACGAUUACCCGCUGAGUUGGUCCGAACCGGCCUACCAUCCAACGACCGAUCAGUACUCCAACGCACCCGUCUGCAUUGACCUUGAGAAUGGAGAAUUAAAAAGGAAUCUUCUCUGUCCUGUGAUACCCCAAAUGCAACCAGGCCACACCCUGCCGGAUAUUGAGAGUACCAUAGAAGCGAAACGAUUCCUUCAAACUAUGGGGAAAGAUCCUUACUUUCUAGCCGUAGGCUAUCGAAAACCACAUAUUCCGUUCCGUAUCCCGAUGCAGUACCUUGAACAGCAUUCGGUUUCCAAGUUUUCAACGCUCGAUCUUGACUAUCCACCGUACGGGUUGCCCAGCGUUGCUUGGAGUUCCUUUCUGGACGUACGCAAUCGAGACGAUUUCCAGCAGCUUAACGUUAGCUUUCCUUACGGCCGUGUGCCGGAUGAUUUUAAGCUACGAAUAAGGCAACACUACUAUGCCGCUGUUACGUACGUGGAUGAAUUGAUCGGACAGCUGUUGAAGGAGAUCGAUCAAAGCCGAACGAUCAUAGUGCUUACUGCUGAUCAUGGUUGGGCACUUGGGGAGCAUGGGGAGUGGGCCAAGUACAGCAACUAUGAUGUAGCUGUACGAGUUCCGCUUGUGGUUAGUGCUCCAGCACUGCCGGUACGCAACGAUCGACAAAAGAUCGAAAAUGUCGUUGAGCUGUUGGAUCUCUUCCCCACACUGGUAGAUCUUGCCGGGCUUCCACCGGUACAAACGUGUAACUUGAAACGACCCCAUAAAGAUACUACAUGCACGGAAGGGAAAUCCCUGCUAUCCUUGCUGAUCUCGAAUUAUUCCGCAUAUAUGGACGAUCGUGAUGAGUGGAUCGCUUACAGCCAAUAUCCACGUCCGGGAACUUACCCAACAAUCUCACCAAACAGUGACGAACCGAAGCUAAAGCACAUCAAGAUUAUGGGAUACAGCAUGCGUACGGAACGCUUCCGGUACACCGCCUGGAUAAGGUUUGACGCGAUUAAUUUCAAACGAGACUGGAGUGUAAUUUACGGCGAAGAGCUGUACGAUCAUUUGAUCGAUCCGCAAGAAAAUAUGAAUCUCAUCGAUCGUACACCACUGGGAGCCAUUGUGGAUGCAUUACGUACAAAGCUGCAGGAAAAGUUUCCCUAA